ACAGACAAUAACACCGAGGUUUGGAGGGUUGUUCCACCCUCUUUCCCUCUUGAGAUUGGUGGUAGGAAAAUAUUAAGUAGAGGAGAGGCACAGCAAAGUGCCAAGAGCUCUGGCGCUCAUUACCUAGAUCCUCGUGAGGGUGGAAUGAGCGGUUGAAACCCUCAUGCCUACCUUGCAGAUGGACAGACUGAGGAUCGGAGACACUGAGGUGGCCUGGGGGCUGUCAGGUAGGCAGCGCCUCCCCGCUCCUGGCAGCAGGUCCCCGUGGGCUGAAACACCAGCCUCCACCUGCCGCUGAUUGACUUCUUUCUUUUUCAGCGGGCCCAAGACCCUGUAAAUUGAGUUCCCUGUGUUUUGGGGUGUCAGAAACUUCACUGAGCGCGGCACUGUCGCGGCGCAGGAGAAAGAGCUGACCUGUCCUGGACGCAGCAUAACUAACGAAGCUGCUGCAGGAUGAGAAGAUGGCAGCGCGGCUGCUCGCACCACCAGGCCCUGAUAGUUUCAAGCCUUUCACCCCUGAGUCGCUGGCAAACAUUGAAAGGCGCAUUGCCGAGAGCAAGCUCAAGAAACCACCAAAGGCCGAUGGCAGUCAUCGGGAGGACGAUGAGGACAGCAAGCCCAAGCCAAACAGUGACCUGGAAGCAGGGAAGAGUUUGCCUUUCAUCUACGGGGACAUCCCCCAAGGCCUGGUUGCAGUUCCCCUGGAGGACUUUGACCCAUACUAUUUGACGCAGAAAACCUUUGUAGUAUUAAACAGAGGGAAAACUCUCUUCAGAUUUAGUGCCACGCCUGCCUUGUAUAUUUUAAGUCCUUUUAACCUGAUAAGAAGAAUAGCUAUUAAAAUUUUGAUACAUUCAUAUCCUUUUCUGCAAAUGUGGAGUUAUUGA